AUGGCGGCGUUCGCUUCCUCAUCCGCCAUAUCCUCCUCCCACACCACUUCUACCGCCGGCAGUGCCAGGAGCAGCUGGACCCAUCCUCGUGACUCGGGUCUAGAUGCAGGUCCGGGCACCGGCAAGGUGUAUCCUCACAUUAGAGACAUUGUCCACGACGCCACCGCUUCCUUCCAGACUGGCGGCUCGCUUACCCAGUACUUGACUGAAGUCGAAAACUGUACUGCCGUGGCAAAAAGCUCCGUCGACUUUGGCCGCCAUGAUCUCGCCUACAAGAAUUAUGUUCGGGCAUACGAGAUCGCCGUCAAUCAUAUCCCGACACACAAAGACUAUGGCUUUUGGGACAACAACCCACAGUGGAGGGCUAAAUAUAAGGCUGCGCGGCACAAGCUGACCGACUUGGAGGGGCACAUGACACAGGUGAAAGCGUUAAUCGAAGAGAACAAUGCCCGCCACGGCACCCAACCGCAGUCCCGCCCAAUUCCUCGGAAGCCCCUAUAUUCCAGUGGUUUCGGAAUCCCAUCAAAUCUGGUGCCUGGUCGGCCAACCUCUUCCGGGAGCAACGAUGCCACUCCUCGGCCGGGCUCGCCUCAAUCAGAACUGCCUGAGACUCUCCGAAUACAACGUGCGCGUCCUACCAGCAAGCCCAAACCGGAGACUCUGCAAGGCCGGCCCUUGACAGACACCACGAAUGACCUAAGUCAAAGAUUCGCGAAGCUUAGGGGGCUCGGAAAUGGCGGCGACCAGUCAGACUUGGUGUCCAUGCCGAGGGCGACUGACUUCCAGCAAGGUGCAGCCUACACAUCCCAGCCGUAUGCGGGCACAAACGGGACACCUCUUUCGCGGCUCAAUGGGCCUCGGCCGAUGACAGCAUUUGGAAAUGGGCCUAUUCUUCCACCAAAAGUUCCAACCACUCCACCAAAAGUACCCCUGGACACCUCCAUGGCCAUGCCCAAACCUCCCAGUCCCACCUACAGCCCGAUAGACAAUACUUCGGCGCGAUUCCAUACGAUCGGCAGUCGCUUGUCUGCUGAGGGAGGCCGCCCACCAUCGGAGAGAAAGCAGACCUACUAUCAUCAGUCGCAGAACUCGUCCACUACUUCCCUGCAACUCCAAAAGACCCGCGACGAGCUCUCUGCUCCAUAUCGACCGACGACCCCGAAUGGGAUCAACUCCGCCAUCGUCUCCAAGAACAGCUCCAGUGACCUACCUCACCAUACAGUCGUUGACGCUGCGACGCUUCAGCAGUACAUGACCAAGUACAAUGUGCUUCUUAUUGAUAUUCGAGAUCGAACCAUGUUCGAUGACGGACAUAUCAUGUCUACCUCAGUUAUAUGUAUAGAACCAAUUUCCCUCAAGGAGGGCGUUUCAGCAGAGGAGCUGGAGGAUCGACUUGUGCUCGCCCCUGAUACUGAACAGUCACACUUUUCUAGGCGGAACGAGUUCGACCUUGUGGUGUAUUACGAUCAAAAUACAAGCGAUGUCUCCUACCUGAGCGGGCCUCCAACGUUGAGCAAAGCUCCGGCGCUGAGAGCUCUGUAUGACACGCUCUACGAGUUUAAUGACACCAAGCCUCUGAAGGAUGGCCGCCCUCCAGCGCUGUUGACUGGUGGUCUGGAUAGUUGGGUUGACUACAUGGGCGCACAAUCUCUGGUGCGGUCAAAGACGGCCGCCACCCUAGGGACAACGCGACAACGACCUGUGGUCGCCGGACGGCCAAUUGCACGACAGCGCAUGGUAUCUGCAAAUUCCCGCUACGAGGUGCGAAACAGACGCCUCCGCGAUCACAAGUUCCUUGACGAGAAUGAGCAAGAAGCUUGGCGGCAACAGGCACUCCAGGAGGAGGUGACCCCGAUCGAGAAAAUUCAAACGGGCAGCGACGAUGCCUAUGAAGAUAUCGAGGUCGAAUCAGAACCGCCUUCGCCCUUCAUUCCCGACUAUGAGACGUUCCUGCGGCGCUUUCCUUCCAUCCAGCAGCAGGAGUCGAUGGUCAUGCCGGCUCGGCGGCCAGUGGCGUCGUAUCCCGCUGCUCUUGGACCACAGUCUGCUCCACUUCCGCCAACACCGCUCCCUCAGGUGCCGGCAAGACCUGCCCCUGCCAUCCCCAGACCCAGUUACUCCGGUCAUGCCGAUAUCAACGCACCGCAACCUGCCCUGGCCAGAGUUACCUCUGCGACUCGACCACCUCUGUACUCGACUGUGACAUCCCUACGCAGGAGACUGCCUAAGACAGGGUUGACGAACUUUGGGGUCACAUGCUACAUGAACUCCACGUUACAAUGCUUGUCGGCGACCAUUCCCUUGUCCAAUUUUUUCAACGAUCGACUUUACGAGGCUUACGUGCAGCGCAACUGGAAAGGCAGCAACGGCAUUAUGCCCAAACUAUACGCCAACUUGGUUCAGGCCGUGUGGCAAGGAGAUAGUGAGGUCAUCAAACCGUCGACGUUUCGAAACUUCUGUGGCCGGAUGAACCGAGAAUGGGUGAUAGAUCGGCAACAGGACGCGAAGGAAUUCUUUGACUUCCUGGUAGACUGUCUGCACGAAGACCUGAACGUCAACUGGGAACGGACGCCGCUACGACCUCUCACCACGGCGGAGGAGAUGCAACGAGAAAGAAUGGAGAUCGCAAAAGCCAGCCCGAUCGAGUGGAAGCGAUAUGAGCACCGCGACCACAGUUACAUGUCCUCUCUCUUUGCUGGCCAACAUGCCUCGCGACUGCGUUGUUUGACCUGUAAACGGACUUCGACCACCUAUGAAGCCUUCUACAGCAUUAGCGUGGAGAUUCCCCGAGAUCGGCCUGGCCACAUCUAUGACUGCCUUUCAUCAUAUUGUCGCGAAGAGAAGCUGUCGGAGCUUUGGCGAUGUCCAUACUGCAAAUGUGAGCGUGAAGCUACCAAACAGAUCAUCCUCACCCGCUUGCCGCAGUUCCUGGUCAUCCACUUCAAGCGUUUUGCGGCCUCGAAGCAUGAGAGAGCCAAGAAGAUUCACACGCCGAUCGAAUUUCCUCUGCAUGACCUCAGCAUGGACGACUUUGUCAUCCCUCGGCCACCCGCUCAGCCAGAUCAGGACGGUCGGAUGAACAUGGAGCUGGCUACCACAGCGCCUUACACGUAUGAUGCGUACGGUGUGCUGAGGCAUCUGGGUAAUAGUGGCGAUGGAGGCCAUUACGUCUCCAUUGUGAAGGACCAGGGUCGAGGCUGUUGGAGGAAAUUCGACGAUGAGAGACAUGUCGAUUUGGAUCCGAACAAGUUGGGGUCGAGAGACAGGCUGCAGAACGGCGAAGCCUAUAUUCUGUUUUACCAAAGAGUGCAAGGACGAUGA